AUGGCCGCCAAGCUAAGGCCAGAGAGAGGGAACACGGGCAGCCAUCCACACUCUCACUCCCAGGAGACCUUUGACCGGCUCUGCUCGAGCCUAUGCAAUAUACUAUGUGACAGCGGAAUGUCAUAUCUUCGAGAUUGGAUUCGUCCUGUGACCCGCCAGCGCCAUUAUGGACUCCCACUGCAGACCUUCAAAGCGGCCAUCCAGCCACGUAAGCAUCGACGACCGCAAAGGCGGGAAUCGGACCCAAGCAAAGCGGGCGCAUGCACCCGCUCCUACACUCACAGGAGCGAGACAGCCACUCAACCCCAAAGUCCAAGCAACAUACCCAAACACAGACUCCCAGACCAGCACGUAACCACGCUGCCCUCCAGGGCUAAAGCGGAGCAUCACGCUGCGGCACAGGAGAAAACUAAGCCGAACCCAGCUGGAGCUGAGCCCUCACCAAGGGAAUCCAUGGCAGCCACAGAGACUACCUACCUAACAUGGCCCGCAUGCGGGGUCAGCUGA